AUGGCACAAUUACCAUCUCCGCCGCCACCAUUGACGGCCGUCAUCGACGCUCUUGCCAAGAUUGGCGCUGAUGGGUUGACGAUUCUCAUCCUGCAGCAGCCCAAUGUGGGCAGAGCCAUCUGCCAGGCUUUGCGCAGUCUCGCUCACAACGCGUUAGCUGACGUCGCCUCAGAGGGGCAGAGGCCAGUCGUGUCCUCUGCCAACUUUGCUGCAAUACUCAGCAUCCUCGAGGAAGCUUCGCACAGCUCGGAUCCCACCCUGGUACGUCGCCUGGCUCCGUCGCCCGACGUCGUCUUCAAUCUGGCCGUCGUCGCAAGCAGCACGCCUGAUGCCAGCCUGGCUGCUCGCACAAAGCGUCUCGUCCCACUCGUGAUAGACAUUUCAGGGGCGGAAGGCAUGAUCUUUGCCUCGAUCCAGGCAUUGCGCCAGUCCGACGAAGAGCAGAAAGGCAGCAGCGCCCAAGUCUUCAGAGCUGCACGUAUUACUGCAGCACUCCUCUCUUUUCUACCAGCUCCAAGCUCUUUGGGUCGUCCGCAGCAGCAGAGGCGUGGCGCUUCGGAGAGCGCCGCUUCUUCGUCUCUAGUCGACCAGCUGGCGCCGGUACUCACAGCGGCGUACGCUCGCCUUGGAGCUGACGUCUCGUCUAUGGCUACAAAGGUAGCUCUCCUCGACUGUGCCACUGCUCUCCUGAAAAGAGUACUCAGUGAAGCAAAUGGUGCUCAUCAAGUUGCUCGAAUCGUUCUCAAAAUGGAUCAGCAGGCGUCCCCGUCAACGGCGUCAGGAGAGGCUCUUGUCAACCUUUCUUUGCUUAGCGACCUCGCUGUCGUCCAGUCGGCUAUUGUCGAGCGUGUACGCAAAGCGUUGGAAACGAUUGAUGGCGAGGAGCAAAGCGAUACUGUCAGAGCGCACAGCGCGCUCGAGGAGGCUCACAGAAGCGCACGAGGAACGGCGGAUACGUCGAAUCUCCAAGGCAGAGGACGGGGCUGGAAGACUCUUGAGGCGCAUUUACGCAGCCAGCAAUCUAGAGCAGCUGAAAAAGCGCUUGACGUUGCAAAGGCUACCGCGAACGGCAAAGGCAAAAGACGCGCAGACGACGCAAAUUCGUACGAAGUACCAGCCUCGCUACUUGCCACCGUUGAGACCAUUCUCCCACAUCUGGCUGCGGACCCGGCGAAGCUGCGCACAAGCCUCGCUCGGACCAUGUUCCGGGGCAAGUCAGGGGAAGAAGUCGUGGAAAUGUUGCUCGAUGGCGCAGGGCUCGAUCAAGCGGAAGACGAAGACGAACGAGGCCAGAGGGCCGCAUCGCCUCCAACACCUCCUGCGCCUAUCAUCACACCUGCCAAUCGCCGUGCCAACAUCUUCGACAAUCAGCCUCUGGAUGCCACUCGACUUCGCUAUGCCGGCGCAUUUGAAGGGGAUGAUGCGGUAACGGCAAAAAGCACAGGCAAGCUUUCGCCCUCCUUGCGUGCAGCUAUCCUCGCUCACGUGCAGGCACAGGACGCCGAACAAGACGCUGCCAAGGAGGAGUGGAACCCUUUUGCAGAAGAGGAGAAGCGUCUGGUCGGAGUGAGGCAAGCAGGCUUCGAGGAGGAGCUGGAUGCCGAUGAGGAUGAAGACAAUGCCGCUCGAUCAGGUCAGGGGCGGGGCUACAGCGCUAGAGGCGAGCGAAGCUACGACGGCUCGUCAUCUGCGGAUGAGGGGUCGGAUGCGGCGCUACCGCAAGGACCGAGCGCAGAGAGAGGUGGCGCCGCUACGGUUGCCGCAGAGCGUGCAGGCGAGCGCAUCCUGAUUCUUGCCUACUCAUCGAAUGGCCCUUCACUCUUCGCGCGUAACGACGCGGCAGUCAGGCGCUCACUCGCUCGCAAGGCGUUGCUCGCCGAUCUGGAGCGCAGCACGGGUCGCAAGUGGGACGAUUCACUCGUCGAGAGCUGGGGCACAAUGUUUGAGCGCAAUCCGAGGAAGGACGCUCUGCUCAUGGCCGCAGGCGGGGGAGGAGGAGCGAUGUUGCAGCCCAACACCAAUCGCAGGCUGGCUGAGGGAGACGAAGAAGGGCAGGGUGGACGCAGCUUCGGACCUGAUCGUGGAAGGGGAGGCAGGCUACCACGAGGAGGUGGGCGCGGUGGAGGUGGUGGUCACAAGGCAGGUGCAGGUCACUCUGGCAAUGAUCGCUCUGCUCGACGUAAAGAGCAGCGAGGAAACGAGCAGAGAACGAGGGGCGCUGAUAGGAAGGCUAGAGCCAUGGGUGGUGCUGGCGCUGGCGUCUGA